UUAUUUUUCAUACUCUUUAUCGACCUCCAAACAGAGUCAUUGCACUAUGAUGAUGCUAAGAUUUGGUACUUCUCAGACCUUUAAGAGUUGAUGUUGUUUACCUGAUACUGCUGACAGAUGAGCAACAUAUGUGGAUCCUGUUUUGUCUUUUUGAUCUUAUCAUCUUUGUUAUCCUCAUCAUCCAUAAAACAAUGUUAAGUAUUGAUACCCUGAGCCAUAUACAUCAAAAUCAAACAGCAGGAGGACCGUACAAAAUGUACAUCUUCUAAGGUUAACAUCAAACAUAACAUUGACAGCCUUUGUUCUCUUACCCUCUUAAGCGCAUUAGGGUCAAUCUGAGGUUGGCAAAUUACCACCGCAGUUAUAACUUCCCUUCAAAGUAGUCCUGUUCACUGAGGCGGAGUUACAUGUAUAGUCAGUGACCUCGAAUAGCCUUGCGUGUUAGCUCCUUACCAAAGCACUUAAAGAUUCUGGCAUACAGGUACUUUGUACUUUGUACAAAUUUUCUUCACACGAUAGCGCUAACCCUCACCAGUCAGGGACCAAGUCACUUUUGCCUUGGGGAGAGAAGGUAGCAGAAGGAUUACCCAGUUGUAGUUGGUAAUUGGUUUUGGCCGUAUACCAAGACUUUACUAGUAAAUACCCUCUUUACAAACCUGAUGAAGCUAUUCAUAGACAUCUCACCAUAGGAGCUUCAAAUCAAGAGCACGAUUUCAUCUCUGAUGCAGACUGGGCAACUAAUAUUAGCAGCUGGAGCAGUGGCAACUAUACUACUACUACUCUUUCCGAGCGUCAAGCCAGUAGCGACUUUUGAGUUGAUAUAAUCUGCAUUGAGAGAAGACAGAAACUGCAUCAAAAGGAUUUGAUUCUUCGCCAUAAGAUGGAAUAAGAAAUCGGACUACUCCGGUAAAACAGGAGACUGAGAACAUGGCAAACAACAGUUCUGCUGCAAUGCCUGGACCCAGCGAGUUGCAUCAUGCAGAUCCGUUUGAAUGCUAUGCCUGGCACGUCCUGCUACAGAACAUGUCGUAUGAUGAAGCUGUCAACGCCUGCUCCUGGUACGAGGAAGCUCCCUUCAGCAAGGUAGUGACUGUCCUUUAUAUCCUUGUAGGAGUCACCAUUGUAGUCUGCAACAUUCUUGUGCUGUGGGGAAUCGUGGCUAAGCAAGAACUCCAUCAGCCCAUGUAUUUCUAUGUCGCAAACCUUGCCAUUACGGACUUGUUGGGUGGGGCAAUGAUUCUGUGGCAUGUCCAUUACAAUGUAGAUCACCACAUGUACAAGCCGGGACCAUACAAUGUCUUACAGGUGAGGAGUGUCACCAUGUUCUCCCAGUUUAUGUCAGCGUCUGCUCUGAACUUACUGACUAUGGACAGGUUUGUGGCAGUUAAGUACCCCAUAUUGUACUACAACCAGGUUACUCAUGCCAGGCGUAAUGCAGGUGUAGCGAUUGUGUUUUCUUGGGUUGUACUUGCUCUGGUUGUGUUUCCAACAUUGAUGGGAUGGAACUGUCUGGAGGAACCAUACUUGAGACAUGGACACUGCAUAGGACUUUUGCCCCUAGGGUACAUCAUAAGUAAUGCAUCUCUGAUGCUCCUCCUUAUUAGCAUUUUGCUGUCCGUGAACAUCGUUGUGUAUAAGGCAGUAAAACAACGGCAGGCAAUAAAACAGAGAAAACAAAGAGAGUUGUUACAACCCAGCAUUGCUGAGGAUCAACAAAGAAAAAGGAAACAAGAACUAAAUCAAGCAGCCAACAUGGAUUCAGACACAAGCAACAACAAACUGGCACCAAGAGCAGAAAAGCAGCAAUCUGCAAUUCAAACCAACAAAGGUUUCCAAUCCAGUAUCAUACAGAAGACACGGGCAGUCAUGAUCUUUUCCAUUGUGGCAGUUGUCUUUUGGCUAUUGGGUUUAAUAGUUAUGUCUGUCAAAUGGAUCCUGCAGAAAACAUAUCCAGAAAAAGACCUUCACAGGCAAGUUAUACAUUGGGCAGUUUUGUUCUUCUGUUUGAACUCAGUGGUCAACCCAAUUGCAGGUAUUGUCCGACUGACCGAUCUAAGGGAAGCUAUACGCCAGCAGCUUGGUAGACUCCUGCCUGGUUUCUGUAAAUUAUGUUAUUGUAUGUUUCAGCAAAAAAGUGCACAAGAAAAUCAGCAGUGUGAACAGAAUGAUACUGAUAAGCAAGAGAAACAGAUGGUAGAAACUGAAAUGCAUGCAAACAUUACUUCAGGACUUGAUAUGCAUGGUCAUAACACACGCGUUUUGGAAACUAAUGUAUAGAAAGGCAUAGAAGACUGUGCUUCAAACAUAGGUCAUAUUACAAGAAAAGAAAAAUUCAUAAUGGUUCACAGAUGUAAA